CCUGGGUCUUUGGCGUCUCUUCGAUCCCGACUUGCUUUGCCCGGCCUUAAUCGAAUAAUCGCCUUCAGAUUUAUAGAAAAUGGCUGAUGCUGAAGAUAUCCAACCUCUUGUUUGUGACAAUGGAACUGGAAUGGUCAAGGCUGGAUUUGCGGGUGAUGAUGCACCUAGAGCAGUGUUCCCUAGUAUUGUAGGCAGACCUCGCCACACGGGUGUUAUGGUUGGGAUGGGCCAAAAAGAUGCCUAUGUUGGUGAUGAGGCCCAGUCCAAAAGGGGUAUUCUCACUUUAAAGUAUCCAAUCGAGCAUGGAAUUGUCAGCAAUUGGGAUGACAUGGAAAAGAUUUGGCAUCAUACCUUCUAUAACGAACUCCGUGUAGCUCCCGAGGAGCACCCAAUACUUUUAACUGAAGCUCCUCUUAACCCCAAGGCAAAUAGAGAGAAGAUGACUCAAAUCAUGUUCGAAUCUUUUAACGCACCUGCAAUGUAUGUCGCAAUUCAGGCAGUCCUGUCCCUCUAUGCUAGUGGCCGUACCACUGGUAUUGUGCUGGACUCUGGUGAUGGUGUCAGCCAUACUGUUCCAAUUUAUGAAGGAUAUGCACUGCCUCAUGCAAUUCUUCGUUUGGAUCUUGCCGGUCGUGAUCUCACAGAUGCUCUCAUGAAGAUCCUUACUGAGAGAGGUUAUUCAUUUACCACGACUGCAGAACGGGAAAUUGUAAGGGACAUAAAGGAGAAGCUCGCAUAUAUUGCUCUUGAUUAUGAACAGGAGCUGGAGACUGCCAAGACAAGCUCAACCGUGGAGAAGAGCUAUGAACUUCCAGACGGGCAGGUUAUUACUAUUGGGGCUGAGAGAUUUAGGUGUCCAGAAGUCCUCUUCCAGCCUUCAUUGAUCGGCAUGGAAGCUGCUGGAAUUCAUGAAACUACAUAUAACUCGAUUAUGAAAUGUGAUGUUGAUAUUAGGAAAGAUUUGUAUGGGAACAUUGUGCUCAGUGGUGGAUCAACCAUGUUCCCUGGGAUUGCGGAUCGUAUGAGCAAGGAGAUUACUGCUCUUGCCCCAAGCAGCAUGAAGAUUAAGGUGGUUGCCCCACCUGAACGUAAAUACAGUGUCUGGAUUGGAGGGUCCAUCCUUGCCUCUCUUAGCACUUUCCAACAGAUGUGGAUCUCCAAGGGUGAGUACGAGGAGUCUGGGCCUGCGAUUGUCCACCGGAAAUGCUUCUGAGCUUCCCUUAUGUGGUGCUUUCCUGCUCUGACAGGCAGGCCUUUAUGUUAUAGUUAUGGCUUUAUUGUAACAGCAGGUUGGCUGAAGAUUGUGGGAUAUGCAAGUGAGAUGCAUGUCUGCUUUCAGAUUGGGCUGAUAAAUGCCCUCUUGUUAGAUGAUGUUUUGUGCCAGGGCACCAUAAACAUGUGCAGUUGGUGCCACAAACAUUUUCCAUAUUUUGGUCCUUUUCCUAUCUUAUGUUAGUUUGGUUAUAGUGGACUGUGGCUUUUCCAUCAGGUUUGCUGGUAUUGUUUGGUUUCUUUUGAAGUCUAAUGUUGUUGAAAAGGACUUUGUAAUUUACUGUAUUUGUUCAGCUCGGUUGUCUUUUUGAAACAUGAAA